AUGAAAGUUCUGCUGUGGAAUUGUCGAAGGACUACAAAUCCACAUUUUCGAAGGCAUUUCAAUAACCUCAUGGUAGAUUAUCGUCCUCAACUAGUAGUGCUCACUGAAACUAGAGUUGGUGGCAGUAGAGGUGCUGCUCUAUGUCUAAACUUGGGCUUCUCCAAGUAUCACAUUGUGGAAACACAUAGUUUUGCUGGAGGAAUCUGGUUGCUUUGGAAUGAUCUGGAAAUCCACUGUGACAUCAUAGCUCAGACUCAACAUGAGGUCCAUGCUUGGAUUCAGGUCUCUUCUAUACCUUCUCCGUGGCUUUUUUCAGCUAUCUAUGCUAGUCCUACAUUCAAUUCUAGGAGACUAUUAUGGGAAAACCUUACCUCCUUGGCUGAUUCCCAUAAUACUCCCUGGCUCAUAAUGGGUGAUUUCAAUGAAUUACUAACCAGUCUAGACAAAUUUGGAGGUAGACCUAUCAACCUCUCUAGAGCCCUCAAAUUCAAAGAAUGCAUGGACCACUGUGGCAUGUUAGACCUGGGCUUCUCUGGCCCAAAGUUCACUUGGACAAACCUCAGAAAUAUUGGAGCACUCAUUCGGGAAAGACUGGACAGAGCUUAG